CUUGACUUUCGGUAGAAUGAUUGUACUGAAUAGUGUAGAAAAAAAGAAAUCCGUUGAACAGAAUUCUUUCACUCUUUUUUACUCUUCGACUAUUUUCUUGUGAAAAUGAUUGUUAAUUGCCCUACAUGUCAUUAUACGAUAGAUGUGCAGCCUAAUACUCCUCCUUUCUAUUGUCCUGGUUGUUCGAGCGUGAUUGACACGAAUUCUCUCCAGCGGCAGCCAGGAAUGCCUAUGACUCCAGCACAGAAUGUCCUUGGUGCUGGCAUGGACGUUAAUAGGGCAUUCUAUACGGUAUCUCAAAAUAGUCCUCAAAUCAGCUGUUCAAAGCUGGAGCAAGCGAUGAAGCUGCUGGGUUACAACAUUUCUCCGGACGUUUGCAACCAGCUGACCAUUAAGCACGAUAAAGAUCGCAGUGGUCUGUUGAACAUCAACGAGUUUGCUUUGAUUGUCUCGGAAGUGAACCAAUGGAGAGAUGCUUUCUGCUUCUUUGAUUCAGACCGCUCGGGUCGUUUGGAUUACCAAGAGUUUAGUAAUGCUCUGUUGCGCAUUGGGUAUCGUUUCCCACCUCAGCUUGUGACUUUGAUUUUUUCGAAUUUGGAUUCAAAUCAUGCGGGUUAUCUGGAUUUAGACGCGUUUAUCAAAGCUUGUUCUGUGGUCCAAAUUGUGAUUAUGAAAAUGCAGCAGUAUGAUCCCCAGAAAAAGGGAAUCGUUACGGUGGAUCUCAACCAGAUGCUAGAUAUUGUGUUUUCGAUUCCGAUGUGA